AUGGGGAGGCACGAUCGAUCACCGUAUCGUUCAUCUCGAAGGCAUCGUUCCCGUAGUUCUAGUCGCCAUCGUCAUUACAGGCGUCACAGACGUGAUCGCUCGCGUUCUCGGUCCCCCAGGGAUUAUCGACACAGGCGUAGCUCGGUCCUUGCCAGCUCUUCGUCUAAUUCUCUCGGUUCACUGCUGGCAGCAACUUCCUCACAGAAGGACGGCACCCCUUCGAGAAGUGAACGCGUCUCCUCUGUAGCUCUGGAGGCUCUAUCCAAAAUAAAAGCUGCGCAAAACAGAGGAACUGAUGAGUCUGGUUCUGGUGUUUCAGGUCUUGAGGGUGCACUAAUCAUUGACAGCACGCUGGAUAAGGAUGCCGAACAGAAGCGCCUUGAAUUGGAGAUGCAAAAGCGUCGUGAGCGUGUUGAGAGAGAACGACGUGAAAAACGCUUGAAACAGGAUGUCGUGACAGCCCAUAGCAAGCUUCUUGACGGUAUUAAGAUGCGCUCGAUGAAGAAGUGGUCCCUGGAAGACGAUGAUGAUGAUGACGUGCCACCUCCUACAGUGAUUAAAGAGGAUACUCUGACAAAGGAGGAGGAUGAUGAAAUCGAUCCUCUUGAUGCUUACAUGCAGGAAGUCAGUAAGGAAGCUCAUCAACAAGUCGAUGAUACCACUGUAUAUCAUCUGGUUCAAACUCCAGCUGGUCUUAUUCAAGCACCGGGACUAAUAACAAACCCUCAGUUAGGGUCUGCGAACAUAGUUGACGAUUCUCAAAAGUCUCAGAAGAAGGUCGGCAGAGGUGAACUAGUUCUCGAUGAAGACGAACAGGACAUUGACAUGCCCUACUAUCCAGAGCCGGAGGAGAGGAUUUCAAUAGCAGACGCGUUGGCGCAGCUUCAGAAGCGAGAAAAACUUGGGGCGGUGGAUCACAGUAAGAUCGACUACCAGCCCUUCACAAAGGACUUUUAUGUUGAGGUUCCCGAAAUUGCAAAGAUGACCAGGGAACAAGUGAAGAUUUAUCGUCAGCAGUUGGAGAACAUCCAUGUUAGGGGAAAAGACUGCCCCAAGCCUAUCAAAACCUGGGUGCAGGCGGGUGUGUCUGCACGCCUUCUGAAUUGCUUGAAGAAGAGCGGUUUUGAAAAACCCACCCCCAUCCAGUGUCAAUCCUUGCCAGUUAUAAUGUCUGGGCGGGACAUGAUAGGCAUCGCAAAGACAGGCAGUGGGAAGACACUAGCCUUUCUCGUUCCACUAGCACGCCACUUAGAGCAUCAAGCGCCCCUCGAGCCCGGCGAUGGCCCAAUCGCUCUUCUCCUUACACCCACUCGCGAACUCGCCCUCCAAAUCUAUAAGGAAGCCAAGCGGCUGGGUCAUACCUGUGGCUUCCGCUGUGUCUGUGUCUAUGGUGGCACUGGAAUCUCCGAGCAAAUCGCCGAUUUGAAACGCGGCGCUGAAGUCAUUGUCUGCACACCCGGACGCAUGAUCGAUAUGCUCGCUGCCAAUGGAGGUCGAGUGACGAAUCUUCGACGCACAACCUACGUGGUGUUAGACGAGGCCGACCGCAUGUUUGAUCUGGGCUUCGAGCCACAAGUGAUGCGCAUUGUGGACAAUUGCCGACCAGAUCGCCAGACUGUCAUGUUUUCUGCCACAUUUCCUCGGCAAAUGGAGGUGCUAGCUCGAAAGGCCCUCACCCAACCUAUUGAGGUACAAGUCGGUGGUCGCUCUGUUGUCUGCUCCGACGUCACCCAGAAAGUUGCUGUUUUGCAGACAGAGGAAGAGAAGGUAAUGAAAUUGUUGGAGUUGUUGGGAAUCUAUCAGGAGGAGGGGUCGGUUCUAGUUUUCGUUGAAAAACAGGAAAGUGCAGACGAGUUAAUGCGCGUACUUAUGAACUAUGGAUAUCCCUGUCUGUCGCUGCAUGGUGGCAUCGAUCAGUAUGAUCGCGACUCUGUGAUUACCGACUUCAAGAAAGGUAACAUCCGCCUCCUCAUUGCUACCUCGGUGGCUGCUCGAGGUCUUGAUGUUGCCGACUUGGUGCUCGUGGUCAACUACGACUGUCCAAACCACUAUGAGGACUAUGUCCAUCGCUGCGGUCGAACAGGCCGUGCGGGAAGGAAGGGCACCGCGUAUACCUUCAUAACACCAGAUCAGGAAAAGAACUCGGCAGAUUUGGUGAAAGCCUUCAAUGCAAGCGGUCAAAUGGUACCAGAAGACCUCUACCUCAUGUUUCAGGCUUACAAGGAGCGUAUGAUGAUGGAGGGCAAGAAAGUGUACAGUGGCAGCGGAUCUGGAUUCCGCGGAAAGGGCUUCCGUUUUGAUGAGGUGGAAGCUCAGCUGGCCAGUGACAAGCGUCGUUUUGCCAAGGCUGCUCUGGGCAUCGAAGACUCUGACGAUGAGGGUUCAGGUGAGGGCGGUGGUGCUGGUGGUGUCGACUGGGACAGCAAGAUUGAAGACAUGUUCAGCUCCAAACGGAAAGUCAUUGAUGUGGCCAAAUCGGCUGCAGAGGCCAAUACGUCUGCCGAUCCUCUUGACCCAAAGAUAGCCGCGCAGCUAGAGCUGGCGAGACAGAAGGCCAAUCAGGUGGCGCUGCGAGGCGGUCUGGGGGCGAAUGUAGCGAAAACUGGGUUGGGAGGACCAGCAGCGGCGGCGGCAGCGGCGGCAGUGGGAGGGAUGACAAACGCUAGUCGCACAGCUGCCGAACUGGCUGCAGAACGACUCAAUGCUAAAUUAGGAUACUCAAAGUCCUCAUCCUUCACGAAUGCCGAUGGUGAUGAUGAGAGUGGUAGUGCUGCCACAAGCAGCUCUGCAGACUUUGUCCGAAGGUACGAGGAAGAGUUGGAAAUCAAUGACUUUCCGCAGAAUGUUCGAUGGCGCAUAACGGGGCGGGAGUUGUUAACUCACCUGAACGAGUACUGUGACGUGGGAGUUUCAGUACGCGGGGUUUACAUACCUCAAGGCAAGGCUACCUCCGCUGCUUCGGCUGCGGCUGCAGCAGGUCUCGUAGACUCCAGCGACGAGCGACCGCUCUAUCUCUGCCUUGAGGCUACUAACGAACGUAGUAUUCAGCUCGCCAAGGCCGAGAUUAUGCGCAUUAUCAAAGAGGAGCUCGUUAAAUUAAUUUUGAAGGUGUACUUGUUGCAAUGGUGCUAA